AUGUCUCUUCCUCUUCAGCUCCCAGAGACCUUUGCCCAGGUCUCACGCUACAAGAUCUUAUACCCCAGUCCAUCCCCCAUUCACCCAUUACCCUCAAUUGCUCCGGCAAGAGUCUCCCCGCAUCAACCCCUCAUCUCCGUCUACGCCAAACGAGAGGACCAUUCCUCGCCGCUGGCUUGCUCAGGCAAUAAAUACCGGAAGCUAGAGUACAUUGUACCUGAUAUUCUCUCCCAAGCACCAGUAUACCACUACCAUGAGAACAAUGCAAGCCCACCAGGCCCGCUCAACGGCCCUGCAACAACUCUGGUAACAGAAGGCGCAAUCCAAAGCAACCACACUGUGCAAGUGGCUGCACUAGCCCGCAAGCUUGGAUUGAAAGCUUUGAUUCUCCUACAUCGGGGUACAGGUGGUGGUCUUCGCGCAGCAAGCAAUAAAGAGGCAUUCCAGCGCAGCGGAAACGUCCAGAUCAAUCAUCUUCUCGGGGCGGAAGUACGCACCUGUGAACCGGGUGAUCCACUAGCACAUGAUGCAACUCCCCUGCUUGAUCAGCUGAGGGCGAGUGGUGAAACCCCGUACUGGAUUCCUGGUGGGGCAAGCCUGCACCCGCUUGGCGGAUUGGGGUACGCGAGGGCAGCAUUCGAGAUUGCUGCUCAAGAAAAGCAGAUAGGGCUUGGUGGCUCAGGUCGUUUUGACUAUGUUUUCGUGGCAUGUGGAAGUGGGAGCACAGUCGGUGGCCUGGUAGCCGGAUUCAAGCUUCUGGAGAAGUUGGGUGAAGCUUCGAGGAAAGUCAUUGGUAUUCUGAACUCGCCAACUCAACCACGUGCGUAUCACGAAGAGAGGGUACUCAGAUUUGCAAGGAAGGCUGGAAGUCUGAUUGGACUUCAUGAAGAAGAUAUAGGGGCUCAAGACGUGACACUAGAUGACCGGUUUGUUGGAAGCGCCUACGGUGUUCUUGAUGAUCAAAGUAACGAGGCUUUGAAAGUCAUGGCACAAACCGAGGGCAUGAUUUUGGAUCCAGUAUAUACAUCCAAGGUUGCCAGAGGUAUGAUGCAUUGGGUGAAGAAAGGAGAGGUUGCCGAGCCGGGCUUGGAUGGGACCAAUGUGCUGUUCAUCCAUACGGGGGGUCAGGCUGCCCUCGGGGCUUACGUAGAUGUCGAUUGA